GAACGUCUCGUCCUUUUCCGGUGUGGCGUUGGCAGGAGGGACGGCGUAGGUAAUAUUUUUCGUCUUUCAUUCUCUUCAUGAUACAGUCUCAUCGGCUCCGAGACGGCCGCGUUGGCUUUCUAUUGGGACGGGCGUGGCGCGCCGUUCAGUCGGCGUCGUUUUCGCGACGUCGCGACACGCGAUCGCCGAGAUAUCUCUGCGAGACGACGACGCCCCGUCGGUCCGUCUGUUCCAUUGUCCAUCGUCCCGCUCGAUACGCCCGAUGGAAAGCCAGCCUGUCGCGCGCUCCGUUCUUGGCAUCUUCAUCUGCGCAUUUUGCAUGGCGACGUCGGCCAGCCUUGCGUCCCAGUUGCGUUCCAUUCGGCCGACGGUUGGUGUGGACUCCUGCCUCCUUUUUCACGAGAAAUGUGUGCUAGAGUUAAGCGCGAGUUCCUGAGCCCUCGAAAAAUUUCCCGUUUCACGUUGUAUGGUAUGUACAGACUCGACUUUUUAACGCGCGCGCGAGCGAACUGUGUUCGCCUUCUCGCCUCCGUGUCGAUCACGCAAAGUUCCUUACGCCGCUCCGUUAAGUUUCUCUCGAAUGUUUCGCGAUUUGGCUAGCGAUUGUAAUUUCGUCAUCGUCAUUAGCGAUUAUUGCGCGAUUUUCCCCUUUUCGGCAUACCGGAUUUUCCUCGUUUUCGCGGAAAAAAAAAAGUUCAAUAAAAUCGUCUUAUGCGCAUCGCGACGAAUUUUCUGAAAUCGUUAUCGCCAUGAUGCUUUCCGAGAAGUCUACGUGUUACGUAAUUUUUCCUUUGUUCGAAGCUACCGUUUCAAUCGUUCUCGAAUGUCGAAACCGUUUCUCCGCUAGAAAAAGGCGAGAAUUUUCGCAAAAGGGGUUUCUCUAAAAAAUUACAGCAUUUUCGCGAGCUAUCGCCCACGCCAUUUUCAGCGAUAGCUGCUGGCAAUCGCGUAAAGUAGAGCGCAAGGAAUUUAAUCGGGAGGGGAAAAAGGCAACGCGACGCCGCGCAUUCUGGGUAAAAUCGUUGACCGCAUACAAAAUGGCCGUCCGACGGGCGACGUUCGAUUUCCGUUUUUACGACUCUCGUCCGACGUCCUUGUCGUUCGAUCUCGUCGCGAAACGCUCGGAUCCGCGCGAGAAAAAUCGCGUAGCGAAUUUUACUGGGUCCCGUUUCGCUCAUCGCGAAAUCUCGCAUCGCGUAAAUUUCUCGUAUGAGAUAUUCAUGUGAGAAAUUUUACGUUUCCAUUUAAUAGACGCUUUUCCGGUGUGCGCGCGCGCUCGCACACGACACGACGCACACAGAGCAGUCACGCGAUGCGCGCGUCCUCACGUCUUCCCUCUCCAUUGUUGCCUCGUCCAAUCGCCGCGGACGCUUCGCGUCUUGUCGGCGCGACAUUGGCCGAGCGGCUGGUAGGGGGAAGAGGACGAGGAAGAUGGCGCGCGCGUUGCAUGACGGGAACGGCGGCUUGGUGGGGAGGGCGAAGAAGCAAGUCGGGUUCACAAAAUGGCGGUCUACCUCUCGGGUCCGUGACCAUAUAGCGCGCGAUAGUACGAUAGUUUCCGAUGAUGUCGGGGCUCGCGUUGCCGAACGCGGCCUGAUAUCGCGCGCGCGUGUACGCGUGACAGUGGUGCGAUCGGGGAUAGGGAGAAUUUCGCGCGGCGCGCGUCGGUGAUUAACGUUGGUGGGUCGACGGUGCGACGCGUAGACGGAGCCAUGCAGAAAACGUUAGAAUCCGAAUCCGGUAAGGAAUCCGGGUCGGAUUCUGAGAAUGAAAGCAAAAGCGAUAGCUCUUCUUCCGGCAGUAACAGUGGUUCAGGCUCGGGAUCUGAAAGCAGCGACUCUAGCUCCUCGAGCGGUUCCGGUUCCGGAUCAGGAUCCGACUCGGAAAAGUCGGAAAAAUCGGAUGCACCUGCUGCACAAAGCGAUAGCUUCCAGAGCAAAGGCUCGAAUCACAGCACCGAAGCAAAGCUUAGAGUUAAACAUGAGUCUAGUCGCGAAUGGGACGAGAAUCCUGACAUAUACGGCAUUAGGAGGUCCGGGCGUUCCAGGAAAGAGCCCGACAGGCUCGCGACAAAUCGUGAGAGCGACAGUGACGGUCGCAAGAAAUUUAAGAAGAAAGGUUCACAUAAUUCAUGGAAUUCGGAGAGUUCAGAUUCAGAAUCUGAUGAAACUGAGAAUCGUAGACCUCCACCUAGCAAGUCCCUGAAUCGACGCGCAGCGCAAAAAGCUAAGGAGAAAGCCAGAAUACGAAAAAAGCGUAUCUCUGAAUCUUCUGACAAUUCUUCCUUUGACAGCGAUGAUAAUAGAAGGCAAGUUAGUAGACGGACGGGCACAGCAGUUAGUUAUAAAGAGGAAAGCGAAGAAGGUACCGAUAGCGAGGAUUUGGUUGAAGUUGACGAAUCGAAUGCUGCGUCAACAGAGCCUGAUAAUGCGGAAACUAUUGAAACAAUUUUGGCACAGAGGACGGGUAAAAAAGGAGUUACCGGCAAUGUGACGACAAUUUAUGCUGUCGAAGAAAAUGGCGAUCCUAAUCCAAAAGAUCUAAGUAACGUAGAAACAGAAAUACAAUAUUUGAUUAAAUGGAAAGGCUGGUCUCACAUACACAACACGUGGGAAUCAGAGGAAUCUUUAAAAGCACAAAAAGUAAAAGGAUUAAAGAAAUUAGACAAUUUUAUCAAACGUGAAAACAGAAUUCAGCAGAUUAGAGAACAGGCUGAACCAGAAGAAUUAGAUUAUUUAGAAUGCCAAUUGGAACUUAAACAAGAUCUUAUGAAAAGUUAUUACAACGUUGAGAGGAUUAUUGCUGACUACAAGAAACCAGAUUCAGAACAUCCUGAUUAUUAUUGUAAAUGGGAAAAUUUAUCAUAUGCCGAGGCUACAUGGGAAGAUGGAACUUUAAUAGUGAAAAGAUGGCCAGAGAAAAUUAAGGAAUUUCGUGACAGAGAGGAUUCCAAAAGAACACCGAGUAAACAUUGCAAAGUUCUUAAAUCUAGACCUAAAUUUUAUCAGCUGAAUGAACAACCUACAUAUAUGGGCAAGGAAAAAGAUUUAGUAUUAAGAGAUUAUCAAAUGGAUGGACUUAACUGGAUGAUACACUCUUGGUGCAAGGAAAAUAGUGUUAUAUUAGCCGAUGAAAUGGGUCUUGGUAAAACAAUCCAAACAAUAUGCUUCCUUUACUAUUUAUUUCAUACGCAACAACUUCAUGGGCCAUUUUUACUAGUAGUUCCUUUGUCGACAAUGACUUCCUGGCAAAGAGAAAUGUUUCAGUGGGCACCUGACAUUAAUUUCGUCACCUAUUUAGGCGAUGUCAAUUCUCGUAAUAUUAUUAGGGAAUAUGAAUGGUGCUAUCGCGGUUCAAAAAGACUAAAGUUUAACAUUAUACUUACGACAUAUGAAAUUGUACUUAAGGACAAAGCAUUAUUGGGUGCCUUAAGUUGGGCGGUAUUAUUAGUAGAUGAAGCUCAUCGAUUAAAGAAUGACGAUUCCUUAUUAUACAAAGCACUUACCGAAUUUCAUACUAAUCAUCGUUUAUUGAUUACUGGUACUCCGUUACAGAACAGCUUGAAGGAGCUGUGGGCCUUAUUACAUUUCAUUAUGCCUACAAAAUUUACUUCUUGGGAAGAAUUUGAGAAACAACACGACAAUGCUGCACAAAAGGGAUACUCCAAACUGCAUAAGCAAUUGGAGCCAUUUAUUUUGCGUCGAGUUAAAAAAGAUGUCGAGAAAUCUUUGCCUGCUAAAGUUGAACAGAUUUUACGAGUAGAAAUGACAUCCUUACAAAAACAAUAUUAUAAAUGGAUAUUAACCAAAAAUUAUGAAGCGUUGCGAAAAGGCGUGAAAGGAUCUACUACGACAUUUUUGAAUAUUGUUGUCGAAUUAAAAAAGUGUUGCAAUCACGCUUAUCUCACGAAACCGAUGGAAGGCGAAAGGGAAAAGACUAAUGAAAAUUACUUACAGCAAUUAAUACGUGGUUCUGGCAAAUUAGUGCUUCUGGAUAAAUUACUAGUGAGAUUGCGUGAUACAGGACACAGAGUACUGAUAUUCAGUCAGAUGGUCAAAAUGUUGGAUAUUCUUGGUGAAUAUCUGCAACGAAGACAUUUUCCAUUCCAAAGAUUAGACGGAAGCAUAAAAGGUGAACUACGAAAACAAGCAUUAGAUCAUUUUAACGCCGAGGGAUCCCAGGAUUUUUGUUUUCUAUUGUCGACGCGAGCCGGUGGUCUCGGCAUUAAUCUUGCUACCGCGGACACUGUGAUAAUUUUCGAUUCUGACUGGAAUCCGCAAAAUGAUUUACAAGCACAAGCAAGAGCACAUCGAAUAGGACAAAAGAAUAAGGUAAACAUUUACCGAUUAGUUACCAAAGGAUCGGUCGAGGAAGAAAUCGUCGAGCGUGCAAAGCAAAAAAUGGUCUUGGACCAUUUAGUGAUACAGCGAAUGGAUACAACCGGAAGAACAGUAUUAGAUAAAAAGAACGCGGGGACCAAUAGUAAUCCGUUUAAUAAAGAAGAUUUGACUGCUAUUUUAAAAUUUGGUGCCGAGGAUUUGUUUAAAGACGAAGAAGACGGAGAUGAAGAACCAGCUUGUGAUAUCGAUGAGAUAUUAAGAAGAGCUGAAACGAGAGACGAAGGGCCGGCAACAGUUGGCGAUGAAUUGUUGUCUGCCUUUAAAGUCGCCAGUUUUAAAACAGCAUUUGAAGAGGAUUUGGAACCCAUUAAUCAGCCAAAUGAAAAUGACGAUGAAAGUAAAGAUUGGGCUGAAAUUAUUCCGGAGAAUUUUAGAAGGAAAGUGGAAGAGGAAGAAAAGUCAAAGGAAAUGGAGGAUCUUUAUCUACCACCGAGGAGUCGAAAAACUCUUCAACAACUCAAUCAAAGCGAAGGGAAAAGUAAAAAGCGGAAAAAAGUACAAGAUGACAGUGAGGAUGGCGAAGAAUCGGGUAGCGAGGCAGAAGGAAGCGAUGAUGACAGACCUAAGAAGAGAGGUAGACCGAGACUGCCACGUGAGAUUAUCAAAAGCUUUACUGAUGUUGAGAUACGACGAUUUAUCAAGAGUUAUAAAAAAUUCCCGGCGCCUUUGAAACGAUUAGAUGACAUUGCAGCUGAUGCUGACCUACAAGAGAAACCAAUGUCAGAAUUACGUUUCUUGGGCGAACUAUUGAUGUCUAGAUGCGAUGCGUGUUUAAUAGAAUUCGAAAAUACUGCAAAAGAGAAUAAGAGUUGCGAGGAAGAAGGCAAGGGGCCGGGUCGGAAAAGAGGACGAGGACCCACUUUUAAAAUAGGAAACGUUAUGGUAAACGCAAAAUCUUUCUCGGCCGCAGUUAAAGAACUCGAACCUUUGGAACAAGCUCUACCGUCCGAUCCCGAGCAACGUGCUAAUUGGCAUUUCGACUUUAAAUUAAAACCGGCGAAUUUUGAAUGUGAUUGGACUUCCGAAGAUGAUGCUAGAUUAUUAAAGGGCAUAUAUCAACACGGUAUGGGUUCAUGGGAGGCGAUAAAAACAGAUGCCAGUUUGGAACUUGGGGAUAAAAUUUUUCCUAAUGGCAAUAAAGCACAGCUCAAACGAGUGCAUGCACGCGCAGAAUAUCUUUUGAAGAUUUUGAAGAAACAAAUUGAUCUUAAGUUAGGAGUGGCGCGAAUGAGAAAGCCAAGAAAGCCCAAGGAGAUGAAAGCAGCAAUUACCAAAGAGAUUGUAGAAGAUAAUGAUAGUUCUGGCGACGAAAAUAAGAAAUCAAAAUCCAGAAUUGACAAGUCUGCGGUUAAAAAAGAAGAAGAUCUUGUUAUAAAGAAGGAAAUUAAGGAAGAAAUUGAUGAUCUACCUGAUGAAAAGAAAAAGGAUAAGAAGGCCAAAAAAGAUAAAAAAGAUAACAAAAAGGUGAAAAAGAAUAAACAAAGUGCAGGUCCAAUGCACUUUACUGCAAAUAACGAACCAAGAGCUGUCGACGUAAUCGGCGAAUUAGAUCCACCAAUAUUCGAUGAGUGUAAAGAGAAGAUGAGGCCAGUAAAGAAAGCGUUAAAAGCCCUAGAUACUCCAGAUAUGUCCCUGAGCGAGGAAGAGCGAGUUGCUCGCGCGCGUCGAUGUCUUUUUCAAAUCGGAAACCAUAUCAACACGUGUCUGGCGGAAUAUAAAACCGCCGAACAAGUUAGCGAAUGGAAAGGCAAUCUUUGGUACUUCGCUUCCAAAUUUACAAACUUCAAAGCAAAGAAACUUUAUAGGAUGUAUAAAAAUCUGGUAAAACAAGGUGGCGACAGCAACGGCGGUGCCACAUCUAGUCCCGACAAAAAAGAAGACGGUUCUAGUACUGCAAAGCAGAAACACAAUGAAAAGUCAUCUCACGAGAAACACUUUGAUAAGCAACAAGCUGAUAGCAGUAAUAAAGACAGCAGAAUAACAAAACGUAAAGUUGAUGAUAUCGAAGAGAACUCUAAUAGCAGUUCACAAAGUAAGAAACAUCUUUCGUCUAUUUCUGCUCUCAGUAGCAAUAUCAGCAGCACGUCCACAGUUACUAUCGGUGCUAUCACGAUUACGCCUAUAACAUCAACAGCAAAUUCUACAUCGAAUACUACUAAUAGCGCAGACAUAUCGCGACAUAAAGAACAGAAAGAAUCGAAACAUAAAGAUAUGAAAAGAGAUAGAGAUCGUGACAGAGAUAGAGAUAGGGGGCACGACAGAGGUGAUAGAUUAAGUUUAAGCAAAGACGACAGAAUUAGGAGAGACGGGUACAAUAUGGGGCAUUAUAGUGGUAGAGAAGAUGAUCAUUGGUUACCUAGAGAUGGAAGAGAUAUAAGAGAUGGCAGGUAUGGAUUCGAUCAUAAACGUGAUCGCUUCGAGCCUUAUAGUCGAAUGUCCAGUGGUUAUCACAGAGACAGAGAUAGAGAUCGAGAUCGUGGUAUCCACAUGAACGAUAAAAGAAGUGAUUACAGUUACCGAUACUCUGGACCACCGGGUUAUGGAUAUGGACCAGGUGGUUAUGGUAGUAGCGGUGGUGGUGGUGGUGGUGGUGGUGGUUAUCCUCCCACGGAUAUUCCAUCGAGUCAUUUUAGAAGUCGUGCUUACGCAGGAGAUGGCUACUCUGAUUGGCGGCCGAACAAAGAUUAUAGACGGGAUUACGAUAGAAGACCACCGCCGCCAAACGCCAACUCCUAGUGCUUCUUUCUUCCUCGGUUGUGACACGGUUAUCGGAACCGUUUUGUGUAUAAUUUUUCUGUGCGUAAGAGCGUUUGUGACGACACUGUCUCUCUCAUAUUUCUACAUGGGAGAAGUACUGAAUAUACGGUGCACGAUGUUUCUGUGAACAUGCACCAUACUUGUAUCUAUAUGUAUAAAAGAAUUAAUUCUUCGAUGUUCAUUAUAUGCGAAAUAAUAAUGAUAUCGAAGAUGUAUCUAAAAUGUGCAUCAUACUCCCUAUUAGAAACUACUUUUACAGAUAUUCAGAAAGAAAAGGAAAGGAAAGAAAAUUGAAUUAUUGCUCUUGCAAUUAUUAAAUAAUUUAAUUCUUAUGGAAAAGCGGUAAAUUGACAACUGCGUUACCGUGUCUUGUAUGCAAGAACAUAAAAAAGGAAAUUUUUAUAUAUUGAAACGUAUAUUGGAAAUCUUCAAGGAAUGUUGAUAAGUAUGAGCAGUGUAAAUUUGCUUCUUUUUAAGUACGUAGGGAUUGUAAUCUGUAUAAUUUCUUUGAAUUUUCAUUGCCAUGUGCUAAAAUUUAAAUUAUAAAAUUAUUUAAAAUAAACUUUCCGAAUCUAUCGUGAUACACGAAAAUCACUUAAAUUAUACUGGAAUACAAUCCUGAAGUAUGAUUGUACUUUUUAUAAUUUUUUUUAUUAAUAAACUUAUUCUUUCUCGCAUAUUCGAUUUUUUAUCGUGCAAUUGUGAGAAAAAUUAACAUUGUUGGAAUCACGAAUAUAUAUACAUUUUUUUUUCUACUAUCGUACAUAGUUGUAGAUGCGGUCCAGUUGACAGUUUGGAAUACUUUUUGCUCUCGCUAUUAUUACUAACAUUAUCAACAUAUGCAUAAUUUAAUUAGUAUUUUCAAAGAUCUUAACGGUUUAGAACUUGCACGUUGUAGAAUAUUAUCUAUAAUACUAAAUUACACUGUAAACUGCUCAAACAUCGUUAGCGUCAAUUGCUCCGCAUCUCUUACCGUACCUUUUAUUAUGUAAAAUAAAUAAACUGCUUCCGUGCUACGCGCAUAUAUUUUGCAUUUUCAAUCAUACUAAUAUGUAUAUUCAGUUUAGAAACAUAGCUCGUCCACAUAAUCGCCUUCAGGGAUGAUACCUGAAUUCAAUAGUCUCGUCUGAUUACAGAGGAGAUUAAUAUAUUAGCCGGUUCUAUCCUUACAAAAUCUAAUUCGAUAGACUUACAGUAAACAUGAAUGGACAUGAUGUUGCGUUGUAACACAUAUACAAAAUAAUUGCGUUUUGUAAUUCACUGGUAGUACAGAAAAUCUAUAGUUCAUGUUACGUAUACUAUAGACUUUUUUAAUACUAGUAAUGAAUUCGGAACGUAGCCUACGUCUGUGAAAUUGUACAGCUCUAAUCACCACCGUAUAAAUUUUCUAUAUAAAAAAUUAAAAAUUUUAAAAGAAAUAUUGUGUUUCAUGUAAACAGAAUUGUAUGAGGUUGUCCAAUCUGUAUUGCAUUUGCGAAAUAACGGUCACUGGAACAACUAACGCAUUAAUUUAAUAAUUAUUGAACAUAAUUUGUUAUGAAAAUCAAAAUAUAGUUUGGAUCGCAUCUUUUUUCAAUAGUCUUCUGACGCGUGAUUUGUGAUUUAAAGAGAAUAGAAAUAGGUAAGAAUAUACUAUUUUUGCGUUCGUUAUUUUAUGGUACCAUAGUUUUGUAUUCUGAACAAAACCGAUGUGACAUACUUGUAAAUAAUAGCGUAAGACAGUUAUACUCUGUUCGUAUCGAACUGUUAAAUCACUUAAUGCAGCAUUACGCUUUCCUUAUUUAACAUAGAGUAUGAGGAGAUAUUUGCUACCUUAAUUUUAUUUCAAUCAAAAAAGAAACAUUGAUAUAAGAAUUUUAUAUUAUCUACAAUCAAGAACUUCUCUCAUAGAAUAUUAAUAUUUUUCAACUAAAAAUAUUUCUAAUUUAAAGAUUAAUUAUAAAGAUAAUCAUGUUUGGUUUAAUUAAUAAUAAACAGUUGAUAUUUUUUUUUUAACAAGAGCUUCUCAUCAAAUUUUACAUUCAUAGAAAAUGAUGAAACCACAUGAAAGUUGAAUUCUCCUCAACUUGUGAACAUGCGUUAUCUUGUAAUUUGAGACUGUCAUUGCAUGCUGAAACAUUUUUAUCGACAUAAAAUAAAUUAUUUUGUAGAUUAUUUUAUGUAUCCGAGUAAAACCAAUUUUGCAAUUUUCUUGUGCAUUUGUGUAAAUAGUAACGUGUAUUAAGAAAACGAAACGAUAUUGGCGAUGAUUCAGAUUUAUUAAGAAAGAAAUCAAUGUAAUUCAUAUUUUCUUAUGUUCGAAAACAGGAUUGAUUAUGUGGCAAUAGAAAUCUGUUCACUACAGAUUUUUAUUUGCGAAAUGACGUUUCAGACGCAGCGAGAGCUAAUUAUAACUUUUACGAACAUCCGACUGCGAAAGGAGCGACGCGCGAGGUGUACAACAAUUAUACGGAUACGGAGUGGCCGGGUAAAAAGGAUACGGGUUGUAAAUACCGAUUUGGAGAAUAUACAAUGGCAUAGCGGAAUAGAGUUUAAUAUCGUGCGUAUAUUAGAUAUGUAAAGCGAUCAUAACGUAUUUUAUCUAUCUUUAUUGUAGAUUGCUCUGCGUUUCUGAAAAUAUAUCUGCAGAAAAGUUUUUCAUGGUA